AUGGCGUUACUCCCGAACCAGCCUGGCCAGACCUUUGUCACCGUGUCUCCUAUUGCCGCAGGAUUUAUUACUCUCCCUGACAAAUACUUUGUUCAUCCAGCUGAUGCCGACGCCAAGCGGACAGUCCCCUCUUUGGCGUUCCUCAUCACCCAUCCCGGUUCCGACGUCUUUGACAACAACAACAAAAAUCCUCUCAGGUUGAUGUUCGACCUCGGACUGCGCUCGAAAGAGGGGCGAUACAUGCAUGUUCAGCAAAAGCAUCUCAGCGGACGACAACCAUACCGAUUACAUGGCGCGGCGGAACAGCUGAAAGCUGGCGGGAUUGCACCGGAGGACAUUGAUGUGGUCCUAUUGAGCCAUGUACACUAUGACCAUCAUGGCGACCCGGAAGAUUUUCCGAAUGCGCUCUUCCUGGUGGGCCACGGAGCAUUGGAUGUCCUCAAGCACGGUUUGUCGAGCAAAGGUUCUCACCAGCAUUUCGACCCGAAUCUAUUGCCAGAAGGGAGAGCGGAGGAACUGCCUGCGAUGGGCAAAAAAGGUCGUAAGAGUUGGCAGUGGGCAGAGUUGGGACCAUUUCCAGCGGCGCUGGAUUUGCUUGGCGACGGAAGCAUCUAUGCGAUCGAUACGCCGGGCCAUUUGCCGGGACACGUGAACCUGCUGUGCCGCACCGGCCCGCAGUCCUGGGUAUACUUGGCGGGCGACGCGUACCAUGACAGCCGGCUGCUUACCGGGGAGAAGGAGAUUGGUUGCUGGACUGAUGACUCUGGCGAGACGUUAUGCAUCCAUCUAGACAAGUCUGCGGCGAGCGAGUCGAUUCAGCGGCUGAGAAAGCUGGCUGAGAACAGAGACGUGGAGCUGGUCGCAGCACAUGAUGAUGGCUGGUAUGAACGGAACAAAGCUAGGAUGUUUCCUGCGAACUUGUAG